AUGUCUGCGGUUCUGACAGGUGAGACACUGGCCCGCGGUCUCCCGGGUAACCACGUUUACUUCAACUGGAGGCUCCGCCCUCGCUGGCUGGAUUCGCUUUUUCAUCACGUGAUCGCGCAGGCUUGUGCAAGAUGGGGCUUGACUGUCUUCCUCUUGCAACACAGUCAUGUACGAAGUCCAAGUUUCCCUGGCCUGACUCUGACAGGUCCCCGGAGGAAGCCUGGAGGGGUCAAGCUGGAGUUGGAAGUGGAGUUCCGUGGGUUUGGGGCCGCGGCUGCCGCACAGCGGCUCCUCCAGGCCGAGACCCCAGCGCAGAAUGGACAGAAGGCGGCGACCUCCCGGAGGAGUGGCCGGGCCAGGAGCGUGCUGCGCUGCUUCUCCACCGCGGUCCUGUAUGCCGCCUUCCUGGGGCUGGGAGUGACGGUUGCCAUAUUGGGACCCACCUUUCCAGACCUGGCAAGAAAUGUGAACCGGAAUGUCAGUAGUCUUUCCGAAAUAUUCGUGGGCCGUGCCCUCGGCUACUUGUGUGGCUCUGUAGUUGGCGGGGUGCUUUUCGACUGUAUGAAUCAUUUUUUACUUUUGGGGAUGUCGAUGCUGGCUACCACGAUUGGUCUUUAUCUCAUUCCUUUCUGCAAGGCAGCAACAUUACUGAUUGCCAUGAUGUCUGUGUUCGGUGCUUCAUUUGGCGCUCUGGAUACAGGUGCAAAUGUCCUCAUCUUGGCUCUUUGGGGGGAUGAAGGAGCCCCACACAUGCAGGCCUUGCACUUCAGUUUCGCCUUGGGUGCCUUCCUGGCUCCCCUGUUGGCUAAAUUGGCUUGGGGAACAUCAGCAUCUACUCAGAACCACACAGAGCCUGACUUUGACCUUCUAAUGAUGAACAGAUCUUCUGAAGCUACCUCAGAUUCUCUGUUUGCAGUACCUGAGGACAUGAACCUGCUGUGGACGUAUGUUUCCAUUGGCACGUAUGUUUUAGUGGUGUCUGUCUUUCUGUUUGGUCUGUUUUGUAUUAAACGCUCAAGGCAGAAAAAAUCCACAGCAUCUGGUCAGAGAGCUCGAAGAGCUAAAUAUCACAGGGCCCUGCUCUGUCUCCUCUUCCUCUUCUUCUUCUUUUACGUUGGAGCUGAGGUGACGUUUGGCUCUUACAUAUUCUCCUUCGCCACCACCCAUGUUGGCAUGACAGAAAGUGAAGCAGCUGGCUUGAACUCCAUCUUCUGGGGGACCUUUGCUGCUUUCAGGGCCCUGGCAAUCUUCUUUGCAACAGUCCUACAGCCUGGAACCAUGAUUGUGUUGAGCAACAUUGGCAGCCUUGUCUCAUCUUUCUUUCUGGUGCUUUUUGACAAGAGCCCUCUUUGUCUCUGGAUCGCAACUUCUGUGUAUGGAGCCUCGAUGGCAACCACAUUUCCCAGUGGAGUUUCCUGGAUUGAGCAGUACACCAGCAUUAGUGGGAAAUCUGCAGCAUUCUUUGUCAUUGGUGGCACUGUAGGAGAAAUGGCGAUGCCUGCAGUAAUAGGAAUUCUUCAAGGACACUACCCAGAUCUGCCAGUCAUUCUGUACACCUGUUUUGCAUCAGCCAUAUCGACUGCUGUUUUAUUUCCUGUGAUGUAUAAAUUAGCCACCUUACCUCUGUAA